GAGUGGGCGCGCGGCGCACGCGCACUUGUUCCCGACCGCCGACGUUGUGUCGGCUUUCGCGUCUUCGAGGCUCGAGAGGGACGACGGAGAGAAGAAAUCGAAGGGAAAGCGAGUGGAGUUCCUCCCCUCGCUUCCUCCUUUGGUUUCUUGCUGCUUCUUGGCGAGGAGGCGUGGACAGCUCCCGUGGCCUUCCGUUGUCAGCAUCUUUGUUGUGCAGUGCUAGAAAAAAGGUUUCUCCUUUCGCUCCUCCUGCUUUCCUCUUUGGUAGGAAAGCGCUGGGACUCGUAGGCGAACUCGCGGCCGUUCUUCUGAUGGCAGUGGGUGGUAGCUUCGAUCAAUGGCAGAAAGAUGCGUUCUUUUCCGCGGCGGAGGCGGUUCAGGAAUCGGCCGACAUAAUGGAAUCUACUUAUAGAAUGUGGACGCGAAACCGUAGGAAUGGAUUUGGUUUAGAAGCUUCAGAUGAAUUGAGUAGGGAGCUUCAAACUGCUCUGGGCACUGCAAAGUGGCAGCUGGAGGAGUUUGAGAAGGCCGUCAGAGCGAGUCAUGGCAAUUACUCGUCCCAGGAGAAUAAUACAAUCGAUAGGCACUGGCAGUUUGUUGCUGCGAUACGAAAUCAAAUUUUGCUUGUUGAGAAAGAACUGAAUCAUUCGCUCAUCGUAGAAGGGAAGCGACCACUGCGGUGGGUGCAAUUGAAUGACGACGAACGAGAUGAUCUUGCAGUUUUUCUUUCUGGUGUGCCGCACAAAUUUCAACGACCAAAGCAUAAAAACACUGAGCUUGCGAGGAAUUUUAAGGAUGUGGUCACAAUCAAUAAGGGCAAGGAAUGUGUAGAGGAAUUCAGAGCAAAAGAACUGUACAAAAGCAAGGUUGAUGAAGUGCAUGCAAAGGUAGUGCAGUUAAAUGGGCAAACCGGGGUACUGAGUUCACCAGAUAGCGGUGGUGCUUGGAAAAUUGUAAUUGCCAAUGAGGACACCGAUAAAGGAUCAACUGAAGUUGGACCAGAGAUAUUAAAUCAUGGAUAUAGUCAAUCUGGUAUCCUGGGAAAUGUUGAAUCUACAUCAAAGUUGAAAUUGUUUAAGAACAAUCCGUGGAAGGCUAAAAAUGAGGAGCUUCUUCCGUUGAGGAAUGGGUUGUCAUAUUACCUUGACUCAAAGGGAAUAAGGUGGUUUGCUCAGGGAGUUAAUGGUUUUACGGAAAGAAGCAAGAAUUGUUUUAGCCAUGGCGGAUUCCAAAGGAAUAUAUUGGGAUCACAACAACAGAUGCAUUUUGUGCAUUCCCUCCGAAUUGCUUUCUUGCUCAUGUUGAGUAUUAUUUUAGUCGUACCAUUUGUUCUUUACUCCACAUGAAGAGAUCCUUGGUCAUUAAAGAAGUACGAGGUACGUACUAACUCUAAGAUCGGUUGUCGUAAUAGCUUUCAGAUCUCUCUUUAAUUUUAAAUGAUAAAAGUGAUGACAGAAUUUUAGAUUGUAUCUCUAGAUGUUUCAUAAGAACAUCAUUUUGGCCAAGAUCCCAACGGAGACCAGAUGAUAUACAAAUUCAAUCGACAACAUAUCUGGUGUAAGCUCAAAAAAUAGAUAUGCACAGUGUGAUCCAAGUUUUGGAACCUUGCACAUUAUGUAUAGUCAAUAGCAUGGUAAUUUUUCCUACAUCAACACAAACAUACAUGACAAUCAAUGUUUUUUUU